GAAAAAAAUUAGAUAGGGACAUGAAAGCUUGAAGGACAGUGGUGUGGCAUUUCAGCACUCGAUUGGAGUAUAACCUUGCAGUAUCUUUCUUAUUGCGCCUAGCAUUAACCCAUUGCAGUUACAUAGUUCAGACUUCAGGCCUUCAUUGUGCCCAGCACACUGACCAGGCAUCGCACUGGAAGGACAGUGCUCCCCAAUGGGGCCGGCAGAGGGGCAGAGCUGUGGGAGCUGCCCCCCUAUGCUCCCUAUUAUCAUACCAAGCAUGGCCAGCGUGGAGCUUUGCACCACCCAAGAGGAUGGCUGUCUUCCCACAGACAGAGGCAUGGGGGAUCUGGAUGCCCAGGCCAUGGAUGAAUUUCCUGUACAGAAAAAAGGGGACAGACUGCCCUUUCAGAUCUUCCCCAAUCCAGUGGAGGUAGUUUUGGGUCCUGAGAGCACUCUAACUUGCAUGCAUCAGGGGAAGGAGCGCCUGCCGUCCAUUGUGGUGGAGCCAACUGAUGUUAGUGAGGUGGAGAGUGGUGAGCUGCGCUGGCCUCCAGAAGACAUGGACUUUGAUGAAGAUGAAGAUCUGUUCCUGGAACAGUGCAUCCCACCUGCUAACAUCGCCGACUGGGGGGAGGAUGAGGAAGAGACGUCUGUCAUUGAAAACAACCAGCAGAUCACUUCUCUAUUAGAUCUUCAAACAGAUGACUUCAGAGAUGACACCCCGACUCUACCACCGGAGAGUGCUCCCGCUCUGAACUGAAGCCAGAUGAACACUGUCCGCUUCACAGCGCCUAACCAUACAGCAACCUGUUAAACCCUGUGCUGUCAUGUCUGACAAUGAAGCCCUUCAGGAAAUGACAAUGAGAUUCACUAAGGGGCCCAUUUACUACUCUGAAUGUGAUCUGAAUGUGGUCACACAUCAAGACAGAAUGACAUUCAACUGACCUUUUUACUAGAGAGAACAGAGAACAACAGCAACCUGUGAUGACUGAGGUCAUCAUGAAAAUAUACAUUUUACUUUUGUAAAAUAGUAGCUCACAUAGCUCAUUACAUGCAGUUUGCAUCUCUCAUAGGUUAGUUUAUAGCCUUUUUACUAGUACAUUCAGUGUGUCAAUGUAGAAAGCUUAUUAUGUCUCAACUUAGUGUCUAAUCACUCGCUGUUUGAGUUGUAAGCACAUUCUCUUUACCACAUAGUUAAGAAAAAAAUAUCACAAAAGGGAAGUAACACAAUGGAAACAUGUAUUUAAGUUAUCAAACAUAUGACAAGAGUGUAUUUAUGGUGGAGUUAUGUAAAAAACAUUAUGUAAAUGUUAUGUAAAAAAGAAAUAGCAUGCAAGUGAAUUGUGGUCAGAGCUCUCAAGGUCCAAAUUUCACAUAAAGGCAUCAUAAAAGUUA